AUGGAACGGGUUUUACAAUAUUCUGUUCUGUUCAUAGUCGAUUAUCUGUAUGAUUCUGUUGGCUUUUCGUCAAAACAAACUAACAUAACGGAUCAAUAUCCAUUUCGCCAACAUAAAAUCUUUGAGCGAGUUCCUAAAGCUGAAAAAAAUGAUCGUUUUGAGCUUGGCGAAGUCAUAGAAGUUAGUGUCACACUUGUCACUUAUGGAGGAGUUCGAAAGACGAAUGGAGGAGAUUUUGUACAAAUAAUAGUGAGAAGCCGAGAUAAUACGACAUCUUCGGUGGCUUAUAAUACAAUAGACAACAGAGAUGGAACGUACACAUGCUCUGUGAGAUUGCUUUGGGAAGGGCAAGUUGAAGUGGUCGGUAUUCUAGUAUUUCCAAAGGAAGUAAUUGUUGCGGAUUAUCGGCUUAGAAAUGAGAUCUUGUCUACACACGGAAUAAAAGCGCUGUUCAAAAAUGGGAACACAGAAGAAGAACACUUUUGUCAUCCAAACCAUAUACACCUAAUGAGGCGCAUGAACUAUUCCUCCGUCUGUAAUUUCACAUAUCUUAACUCUGGUAUACCUUGGUAUUGUGGAAGACCAGGCAACAUUAAUCUCCUUUGUAACGAUUGGGAAUAUCUAGCAUCCAGCGGCGUUGGUUGCUAG